AUGGUCUCCCGAAACAUCUUCCGCGUUUUCCCGCCAUCCGAAAACUUUGAAUUCGAUCCAGAAGAAGACGAGCCAACUCUCGAAGUCUCUUGGCCACACUUGCAACUCAUCUACGAGCUCUUUUUGCGAUUCCUCGAAUCGCCCGAUUUUUUUGGCAAAAAGUAUAUCGAUCAGCGAUUUGUGCUGAAAUUAUUGGAUUUGUUCGAUUCGAAAAAUCCGAGAGAACGCGAUUUUCUCAAGACUUUUUUGCAUCGAAUUUAUGGCAAUCUUUUGGAAUUGAGAGCUUUCAUUCGUAAUGUUUUUGAGGUGAGAAAUUUUACAUAGAAAAAUUAGAACUUCUCUGAAAAAAAGGUUUUUCCAAAAAUGUGAAUAUUAAUUGUAACCCAUGGUUCAAAAAAAUAUUCUCGUUUUUCCAAGAUUUUUGUAAAUUAACGGGGUUUUCUGAAAAGGUCAUGUAAUUUUAUUGAUUUUUGAAUAUCAGCAAAAAUUAGGAGAAAAUACUUUUUCACCAUUAUUUAAAAAAAUUAAUUUUUUCUGAACUCUCAGAAAAAUUUUUUGUUAAUUUUUAUUCAAAAAAAAUUAUGAAUUUUUCAGAACAAAAUCAACAAUUCGAAAUGGAUUCAAUAUAUCGAUCAAUAUUGUUCCAUAUUUGCUCUCGAAAUUGGUAAGUUAUGAAAACUAGCAUGAAAUUCUGGAAUUUUAAUUUGAAACUGAUAAAAUUUCUAUUUUUCUUGAUUUUUUUAAUUGAAAAUCUUGAAAAAUGGAUGAUUUUAUCAGUUCCAAUUUGAAAUUUCAGCGGAGAUGCGGAAGCUAUGCCCAAUUUUUAAAUUUUUAGAGAAAAACUUUGAAUAAUAAAUUAAUUGAACCUUUUUUUCAGAACAAAAAUCAACAACUCUCAUUGGUUCCAUUCAAUUCUUCAAAGAUUUUCGAAUUUUGAUCCAAAAAUUAGUAAGUUUUGAUAACUGGCAUGAAAUUCUGGAAUUUUAAUUUGAAACUGAUAAAAUUUCUAUUUUUCUUGAUUUUUUAAUUGAAAAUCUUGGAAAAUGGUUGAUUUUAUCAGUUACAAAUUGAAAUUUCAGCGGAGAUGCGGAAGCUAUGCCCAAUUUUUGAAUUUUUAUUCAAAAACUUUAAAUUUUGAAUAAUAAAUUAAUUGAACCUUUUUUUCAGAACAAAAAUCAACAACUCUCAUUGGUUCCAUUCAAUUCUUCAAAGAUUUUCGAAUUUUGAUCCAAAAAUUAGUAAGUUUUGAUAACUGGCAUGAAAUUCUGGAAUUUUAAUUUGAAACUGAUAAAAUUUCUAUUUUUCUUGAUUUUUUAAUUGAAAAUCUUGGAAAAUGGUUGAUUUUAUCAGUUACAAAUUGAAAUUUCAGCGGAGAUGCGGAAGCUAUGCCCAAUUUUUGAAUUUUUAUUCAAAAACUUUAAAUUUUGAAUAAUAAAUUAAUUGAACCUUUUUUUCAGCACAAUUUCAACAACUCUCAUUGGUUCCAUUCAAUUCUUCAAAGAUUUUCGAGUUUUGAUCCAAAAAUUAGUAAGUUUUGAUAACUGGCAUGAAAUUCUGGAAUUUUAAUUUGAAACUGAUAAAAUUUCUAUUUUUCUUGAUUUUUUAAUUGAAAAUCUUGGAAAAUGGAUCAUUUUAUCAGUUACAAAUUGAAAUUUCAGCGGAGAUGCGGAAGCUAUGCCCAAUUUUUAAAUUUUUAGAGAAAAACUUUGAAUAAUAAAUUAAUUGAACCUUUUUUUCAGAACAAAAAUCAACAACUCUCAUUGGUUCCAUUCAAUUCUUCAAAGAUUUUCGAAUUUUGAUCCAAAAAUUAGUAAGUUUUGAUAACUGGCAUGAAAUUCUGGAAUUUUAAUUUGAAACUGAUAAAAUUUCUAUUUUUCUUGAUUUUCUUUGGGAAAAUCUUGAAAAAUGGAUGAUUUUAUCAGUUCCAAAUUAAAAUUUCAGCGGAGAUGCGGAAGCUAUGCCCAAUUUUUGAAUUUUUUGAGAAAAACAUAAAAUUAUUUUUCGAAAUUCAAACAUAUUUUAAUUUGCCAAUGCCUAUUUUUCAGUUCGCAUCAAACAUUUUCAAGUUGUCGAGUGUCAAUCAAUCUCGCUGGAUUUUUAUAAUUUUCAAUUUCUUUUUGUGUUUUUUUGAACUUCACUUUAGUUUUUCUACAAGUCUCGCUAAAAAGCCGAGACUUGUACAUCUGUUUUUUUCAAUUUUUCGGUUUCUGUACUUCUUCGAAUCUACAGUAAUCUAGCAUAAUUAACUGCAGAAAUUUAUGUUUGGAUUAUUGUAGAUUUGUCUCAAGAACUACGGCACCUGUUGUUUUGUUUUAUCCACUCGGGGAAAAAGUAGCAAGUUUUGCUACAAAAAUCGAGUUUUAGUCAGGUUGCUACAUUUUUUAUAAGGGAAAAAAUGUAGCAAGCUGGCUAAAAGUCGAUUUUUCCUGGGAACACUUGUUAUUUAUUUCCCGUGCAGAAUAACAUUGCGUGUAAGCUUACUGUAAGUAUACGAAAACAGUAAUUCGAGUAAUUCUUUGUAAAUUUUGAAUCGGUCCGGAGGGUGCAAUUUAUGAGGAAAAACCAUGAAUCGCACCAAUUCCUUUCAAAAUUUUUCUCAAAAAAUCGCAUCUGGUCCUAGGUGAUCCGCUUUUUUAUUGUCUCCAAAAAUAGUUUAUCCUAUAUUUCUUUUUUCUUGUUUCCUGGAUUUUCCACGGGUCGCGAUAAUGUAAUUUAGGAUAAACUAUUUUUUGAAUGCAACAAAAAUCGCGUAGGAAAUUGCUAUAAAUCUAUAGAUUUCUGAGAACUGCCACGUGGAACACUGUAACUCUAUGCAAAACUACAGUAAUCAGCUCAAAUUUCUGUUCAUCGAGACUACAGUACUUUUUUUUAAACACGGAUUUCGAAAAUGAAACGGUGAUAACUGUAGUUUUGCAUAGAUUCUUACAGUACUCGACAAAAGUAAACAAAAACUACAGUAAUCUUAUUGUAGACACGAAAUCUACAGUACCCUGAUUACUGCAGUUAGUGAUUACUGUAUUCUACAGGAAAUACAAAACUACAAGUCAUUGGCUUUUAUGCAAUGACUUAUAGAAAAAAAUACAGUAAUUUUCUACUUUUUGGCUUUUACGCAAAAAGUAGGAAUAAUUGGCUUUUACGCAAAAAGUAGGAAUAAAUAAAUACUACAAAAUAGAGUAAAUUGAAUUGUGGAAGAUGAUGAAGUUCCAAACUGCUAAAUAUCCGUAGUGAAUUGACAGGAAGCGUUCUGGAAAAUGUAAGGUUUCCUUCAAAAAUUGGGCAUAGCUUCCGCAUCUCAGCUGAAAUUUCAAUUUGUAACUGAUAAAAUCAACCAUUUUCCAAGAUUUUUAAUUAAAAAUCAAGAAAAAUAGAAAUUUUAUCAGUUUCAAAUUAAAAUUCCAGAAUUUCAUGUCAGUUAUCAAAACUUACUAA